AUGGUAACGGAUAAUAUACUGGAUGACAACGACAUAUCACAUAGACUCUGGUUUCCAGACACUGUAUAUAUAUUACGCGGGGUCUCCUUGAUAAUAAUAAGUUUAUUUGGCGCCAUUUUCAACGCAUUUAUGGUAAUUGCUAUCGUACCUAAUCGACGUCUGCGGACUGUAAGGAAUGUUCUACUGGUGCAUCUAGGCUCCGUGGGGUUAGCCGCUAGUGUUAUAACAACUUUUGUUCCCGCUAUUGUGAUAUUAAAGCGAGAAUGGAUAGGUGGCAGUAUCACUUGCCAAAUUUAUGCUUUUGUGAAUUCCAUAUUAACGUGCGUUUCCGUAUGGACAAUUACAGCUUUAAGUUGGGAUAAAUAUCAAACAAUAGCCGCUCCCUUACAUCACUCCCUUACAGCAACAUUUAAAAAAAUGUCCGGCUGUUUUCUAGGAUUUUGGAUGUGUGCCGUUGCCCUGUGUUUACCACCUUUAAUGGGAGCUAACGAAUAUGCUCUCCAUCCUGCGAUGGGUUUAUGUGCUGUUCGUGGUACCAAUGUGCAUCAUCGAUGGUAUACUGUGGUGUAUAUAUGCUGUGCAUUCUGUAUUCCCUUGGCUUUAGUGAUCUAUUGUUACGCGCAUAUAUUUAGGAUAGCUCGAACCCAGAGUAGCCGCAUUGCCGCCACUAUGGUUCGUAUGGUGAGUGUGAUACAAGCGCCCAUAGCUCCUGCAAAUCCAACAACUUUAUCCAUGCGCGGAACAAAAGCAAUGAGUACAAUAUUACAGUUAGUGGGAUCAUUCGCUUUAACCUAUAUACCUUACAGUGUGGUUCUUAGUUAUGAAAUUUGUAAGGGUGAUUCAGCAAACAGUGUUUUAGUUUCCAUAUCAACUACCUUCUUCCAAGCGGCGCCAUUUACAAACGCUGCCAUUUAUGGACUGAGAAAUAAAAUAUUACGAGGUUCAUUUUAUAGAUAUACCCGCAGAAAGAUUCAACAUUUAUGUUACAAAGAUACGAGGAGGGGCAGUUUUAAAGCCAUAAAGAAAUCAACGUCUACUGCUCGACUUCCGGUAUUAAACCGGAAGUUGAAUCUCCAAAAUGGCAACAAUCUGAAGAGGACCUACUCUGUUCAAGUACGCCUGCAUGAAAUGAAAGAUAAUGAUCUUUUGAGCGCACCUUCUCUACCGCGUGCACAUUCAUACACAGGUGUGACUAAUGGCCAACCCUUUUUACCUUUAAUUAGUGAGAAAGGUGAAACGGCAUAG